AUGCGGUUUGCGGUGACAAAAGUGUGCGCUAGUGGAGCAAAGGCUCGUGCUGGGUUGCUUCAGAUUGGAAGCAGCGGUGUUGAGACGCCAGCGCUGCUUUUGUCCACACGCAAGGGGCUGCCGGCGUUUAUGUCUUCUGACCUGCUUUCCUCCCUCCCCCUUCCAGACUCCCUCCUCCUCAAUGUCUGCCCAACCCACUUUAUAGAGGUUCCUCCAUCAAAAACCAUAUCUAAUAUUGGUGGUUUGCAUCAUAUGCUGGGUCUGCCUGAUCAUAUCCUCGUGGCCGCAGCUGGUGAGUCUACCGAGUGUUUACCAUCAAGUGAUGCCACCAAUAAAUUUGGUGCAUCUUUUGAAACACCUGCGGGUCGUAAACUGGUCAAACCAUCAGACUAUAUGGAGUUGAUUUCCUGCUUGCAACCUAAUUUGUGGGCAAGCUUGGCAGAUGAGGUUCCAGCCUGGGUUAAUGAGAAACGGAACAAAACAUCUGUUGAGCGAACACUACGCUGGCUUGACGCAUGUAUUGCUUUGGAUGCGGCUUCUGGGAGAAACUCUUUAGGUGUAGUUGUUGGGGGGUCUAGUAUAGAACAACGAAAAUUGUGUGCCACUGAAGUAUCGAAGAGGAAUGUGUCAGGCUUUUGGAUUGGAGGGUUUGGCCUUGGAGAGAGUGUGGAAGAACGUUGCAGUUUACUCAAUGCAGUAACAGAUUGUUUGCCAUUGGAGAAACCUCGGAUUGUCUCUAGGCUUGGUCUUCCAGAGGAGGUCUUGGAGGGUGUAGCUUCUGGCAUCGACCUUUUCGACUCCACGUACAUUUACCAACUUACUAUGGGUGGUUUUGCACUGAUCUUCCCCAUUGACAUGGUUGAAAGAGAGAUGCAAAAUGGUGCAUUUGACAGUAGUGCUGGAGAUUCUGCAAAGAUUAACCUGCGUGCAACAAUAUAUCGGAAAGACACGUCACGGAUAGUCGAUGGCUGUACCUGCUUCACGUGCCAGAAUCACACCCGUGCUUACCUCAAUCAUCUGAUCAACGUCCAUGAGAUGCUGGCUCAGAUUCUACUGGAGAUACAUAACACCCAUCACUAUCUCCGGUUCUUCCGGUCGAUACGGGAGGCGAUCAAGGCCGGAGAGUUCGAUAUCUUCUGGAAGCAGUUUGUUGAGAACAGGCGCUCCCAGAUUGCUGCUGCUGCGAUGUAG